AUGUUCGGGCCUUUAUUACGGAGAAGCAUUCUUCAAGGUUCUGCAUCGCGAACUUGGAAUUGUUUAACUAAUUUUACUCAACUGCUCUGGUGUAAACUGAAAUAUUUACGUGAAUUGAGGAUGCCGCGUACUCGUAGGAAGCACUACGCGUCACACUCAAGAUCACGGUCUAGGUCUUACGAGGCUAAGAGGCGACGUUUAGACGAGGCGUGCAGGGAGGACUCAUAUAGGAAACGAAGCCGAAGCAGGGAACGUGACAGGUAA